AGCAGGGCUGUCCAAGCCAUGAUCGAGGUGUUGGCCAAGCUGGGCCGUGGGCCCGUCUUCCUGGCAGGGGAGGUGCUGGAGUGCGUGAUCACUUUCACCAACCCAUUAUCGGCCUCGUCUACCUCCGCCAGCAGUGAGAUGCUGGCGUGGGCCAGCGCCCAGAUCCACUGCCAGUUUCACGCCAGCGAGAACCGGGUAGCGCUCCCUCCCUCUGAUGGCAGCAAGCACGACGUGCAGGCGGAGAACGAGACAGUCUUUGUCCCCAACAGAGGAGAGCGGGGUCAGUGUAUCCUGUCCACGCCACCAAAGAUUCUCUUCUGUGACUUGCGACUGGAUCCCGGGGAGUCAAAGUCCUAUUCGUACUGUGAGACGCUGCCCAUAGACGGCCCUCCCUCUUUCCGGGGACAGUCAGUGAAGUACGUGUACAAGCUGACCAUCGGCUGCCAGCGUGUCAACUCCCCCAUCAAGCUCCUGCGCGUUCCCUUCCGUGUCCUCGUGCUGCACGGGCUCAAGGAUUACCAGUUCCCACAGGAUGAGGCGGUUGCGCCCUCAAACCCCUUCCUGGAGGAGGAAGAGGGCUUGAAGAAAGACUCUCGCCUGGCAGACCUGGCAACAGAACUGCUCAUGGUGGCCACCUCCCGACGCAGCCUGCACCUGUAUAACAUCAGCAACACUCGUGGGAAGGUGGGGACGUUCUGCAUCUUUAAGACCGUGUAUAAGAUCGGAGAGGAUGUCAUUGGGACCUUUAACUUCUCGGAAGGAGACAUCCCGUGUCUGCAGUUUUCGGUGAGCCUGCAGACGGAGGAGAGCAUCCAGGAGGAGUUCCAGCGCCGGCGGGGGCAGCCCGUCUCCUUCAGCACGCACGCCCGCCAUCAGGAGGCCUGCCUGCACACGGCCCAGAGCAGCUUCAGCCUGCCCAUCCCGCUCAGCUCUACCCCGGGAUUCACCACCAACAUCGUGUCCCUGAAGUGGAGGCUGCACUUUGAGUUUGUGACCUCUGGGGAGUCGGCGGGGACUUGCCUGGUUCGUGGGAGCCAGUCGGAGGCCGUCACCUGGACUGGGGUGGAGCAGAUCGAAGUGGACACUUUCAGCUGGGAUUUGCCCAUCAAAGUCCUUCCCACCAACCCCAUCCUGGCUUCCUACGUAUCUCAGUUCUCCAGCACUAACUCCAUCACCAUCUGAAGCGCGGAGAGCUGGUAGGGGCCUGCGGUGCUGCAAGCGCGUGCUGCCGGUGGGAAUGGCAGGCAGGACUGUCACUGGCAUGCUGCAGCGCGCGCAUCCCAGUGUCCCCAUGGGUUCAUCUGCAACGCCCAGGUGGACACUGGGCAAGUCCGUCCCACCUGCGGGUGGAGGAGCGCUGUGCUUGCUGCGGUGUCUUGUGCUGCAGCCCUCAGCUGGGAGCUGGACCCUUCCUGCCUGGGUGAAGGUGCGAGUCCCAGCACUCGCCAAAAAGAAAUCUGCCUCCCAGGCAAUGGCCCGAUGUGCCUUUACCCAACGAGGGGCUUCCACGAGGGAAAGGCCCAGCCCGGGGAAAGGAGAGGGGAGCUCUUCCAAUGAAGCCCCGUACCAGCCUUGGGUGAAGGCCCUCCCCCCUACAGAGAGACCCCCACAAGCAGAGGUCUGGUGUCCAGGGGAGGCACGCUGGCCACCUGGGCUGGGUGGGAGCCUGCUCUCCUGCCCUGGCACGCGUCCUGCCUCUUGUGAGGGGUGUCUCAUGCACACAGCCCGGUGCCCCCGUUACCUUCACCCGGAGGAGGCAGGUCCUGGCAGGCCAGCCCUGCGCUGCCGGCACGUGCUGGUGUCCUGGAUGCGGCCACGUGCUGUGGAAGCGCAGUAGUGGUGGUCCAAAACCGAGAAGCACUGAGCGCCUGGGCUGUUCUCUGCCUGCGCUCCUGGGCGCAAAGGCAUCCUGCUGGUCUCGGGAUCCUCAGGGAGCUGGAGUGAAUGCGUGCCGUGUGUUCAGGAGCUGGGAUGGAGAUCUCCCUGCUCAACAGCCAGCUCCCCAUUUCUACCAAACCUUUCGAAGAGUUUUCCUCUUUGCAUGGAAAUCUAAUAAACAUUUGAA